UUUCUUGGCCUUCCUUCCGCUGUCCUCCAGUUUUGGCUCCUCCCCCAUCACCCGCAGCCGCACGGCGAAAACCCUAGCGAGCUAACCACCGGAGCAGCGGGCGUUUGGGCGGCGGGAGCCAUGGCGGACGACGAUUACAACGAAAUGGACAUGGGGUACGAGGAUGAGCCCCCAGAACCUGAGAUUGAGGAAGGGGCUGAGGAAGAGCUUGAAAACAACAAUGAGGACACCCCUGAUGAUGUUGUAGGUGCCGAGGGUGAAGAAAAGGAACAGGAAAAGGCCAAGAGUGAGCGCAAAACGUCAAAAUAUAUGACAAAGUAUGAGCGUGCACGCAUCUUGGGUACACGGGCUUUGCAGAUAAGCAUGAAUGCUCCAGUCAUGGUUGAGCUCGAGGGAGAAACUGAUCCUCUUGAGAUUGCAAUGAAGGAGCUGAGAGCGCGCAAGAUCCCCUUCACAAUCAGGAGGUACUUACCUGAUGGAAGCUAUGAGGACUGGGGAGUUGAUGAGCUCAUCGUGGAGGAUUCGUGGAAACGCCAGGUUGGUGGGGACUGAAGCUACCGAGCUACUCGGCAUGAAAGGCCUUUGUGGUGCAGCUGGACUUUCCUGUAGUUAUAAUGGUCUAUGCUACUCCAAUAUUAGUGGAUGCUGUAGUGGAUGAACUGAGAUGUGAUGAUGCUAUGUAACCUUAACGUCUGUGGUUGCCUUGCACGCUGGAACUGUAAUCUGCUAGAUUGGUUGCACUUCGUAUGUUUCGGUCUCAGACUUGCAGUUUCAGAGCUCCUGUGAAUGCCUUGUGGAGUUGAAGCCUAGUCCACUAUCAGUAGACCGCUAGAUUGGUUUGUUUGCCUAGUCCACUAUCGCAAAUGGUCAAUCUUGUUUCUGCACGAUGUUGAGAGAUGUGGCCAGCUGAUUUAUGUAAUCAUGAGCCUGUUGGUGUCGCUCAUGGCAAGAGUC